AUGCGACUGUCUGUGCUCAUAGCUGUCAUUGUAGCUGCUGCUGCUGCUCCUACGGAGGUCACGGCUGGUCCGUACGAUGGCUGGGCACCGCACCGCUACUGCAAUGACUUGGACAGCAUCGAGGCUACACGUAUCCCACCUCUAUCCUCGGAGCAGUUGGAGCUCGUAGAGUCCCUAGAGCAAGUGCAGAUUAUUGCACGCCACGGAGCUCGCGCUCCUUAUGGGAGGAUCUUUUGCUGGGACGCGCACAAGCACAACCCCAUGAACGCUGAGUGGAACUGUACCUCCACCUCCAUCUCUUUCCAGGACAUCAAUCCAGAGAAAGAGCCGAGAAGCGAGUUCGGGCGCAUGUACCACAAGUCAUACAUGGACGGUCACAAUAUCCUCAAUGGGGACUGCAUUGUUGGCGGUCUGCUUCAGCUGGGACGUCAGCAACACAAGGCAAACGGACAGUUUUUGCGCAAUGCAUACGUGGGCAACAGCUCCCUCAAGCUUUUCCCCACGGCGAACUUGUCGCAAAUUGAGUCGAAGAAGAUCUACCUCCGCAGUGAUGACCAAGAGAGAACGCUGGGAUCCGGCCAAGCACUGAUCGACGGACUCUUCCCGAUUGAUGACAGCCAGUCCAUGGAGCUUCAUCGAACGCUUUCAUGGGACGUUGCAGAUAUUUCGGUCGACUAUAUCAACGCCAACGAAAAGAUUUGCCCGCUUAUGAAACACAUUGGACAGAUCUCCAACGAUAGUCCCGAGUUUUGGGACCAUAUUCGGGACCCUGCUACCAUUGAGAUCGAGCAUCACUUUAACGAUCUUGUUGGCAAGUUCUCCUGGGGUACGGCACUAGAGUGUCUCAGCAUGGCUCGCUGCAAUAAUCUUGAGCUGCCGGAUGGAGUGGACGAGGAGACAUUCACCAAGACGUACCACGAAGUCGAGGUGCGCCAAGGACUUUUCCUGACGUAUAAUGAUUCGUGGUACGCAAAGGUUGCGAUGCAACCGCUAGCCCACGACAUGCUCACUCGGCUUGAUAGCGUGCUCAACGGUGAAUCGGACACGCCCAAGCUUUCUGUCACCAUGGCGCACGAUUCAACAAUUAUGCCAUUCUUGGCUGCAACAAUGAAGGAGAACUGGGACCGUGCUUGGACUCCGUACGCAAGUAUGCUGGUGAUUGAAGUCUACAAGACCAAAAAAGGCUCGCACGCUGUUCGAAUGGUUUUCCACGGAGAACCUCAGCUCCUUCCUGACUGCCGUAACACUCUUUGCAGCAUCGACGAGUUCUUCAAAGCGUUUGCAUUUGCUCGCAACCAGCGCACGGAGCACGAUUGCAAGCCGCCCGAGAAAGCGAAGAGUAGCGAAGGUGCGUCGUCAACUCGGAUGGCCACGACAGCCAACGGACAUAUCCAGUUCCACGCGUCCAACUACAUCGGAAGCUACUUGCUCUUGGGUCUAGUAGCUGUUGCUGGUUUACUUGCCUUGCGUCAACGCAAUUUGCGCCGCCAAAUGCGCGACCGUGACGAGAGCAUUACUCUCCUAUCGUGA